GAAGAUGAAAAAUUUCUGACGGACUUGUUUGCACAACUAACAGAUGAAGCCACAGAUGAGGAGAAAAGACAGGAAUUGGUAAAUUUUCUGAAAGAGUUUUGUGCAUUCUCUCAAACACUGCAACCACAAAACAGAGAUGCAUUUUUCAAAACCUUAUCAAAUAUGGGCAUACUUCCAGCACUCGAAGUCAUAUUGGGUAUGGAUGAUGCACAAGUACGAAGUGCAGCCACUGAUAUAUUCUCAUAUUUGGUUGAAUACAACCCAUCCAUGGUACGAGAGUUUGUCAUGCAGGAAGCGCAGCAGAACGAUGAUGAUAUAUUACUCAUUAACCUCAUUAUAGAACACAUGAUUUGUGACACAGAUCCAGAACUUGGAGGGGCAGUGCUGCUCAUGGGUUUGCUUCGUACUUUAGUCGAUCCAGAAAACAUGCUUGCCACUGCCAAUAAAACAGAAAAGACUGAGUUCUUGGGUUUCUUCUACAAACACUGUAUGCAUGUUCUGACAGCCCCUCUAUUGGCCAAUACUACAGAGGACAAGCCCAGCAAAGAUGAUUUUCAGACAGCCCAGCUCUUGGCAUUAAUACUGGAAUUACUAACUUUCUGCGUAGAACAUCAUACUUACCACAUAAAGAACUACAUCAUUAACAAAGACAUCCUGCGAAGGGUACUCGUUCUCAUGGCCUCAAAGCACGCCUUCUUGGCACUGUGUGCCCUUCGUUUCAAGAGGAAGAUAAUCGGGCUAAAGGACGAAUUCUACAACCGUUACAUAAUGAAAAGUUUUUUGUUUGAACCUGUGGUCAAAGCAUUUCUAAAUAAUGGUUCCCGUUAUAACCUGAUGAACUCUGCCAUAAUAGAGAUGUUUGAAUUUAUCAGAGUGGAAGAUAUAAAAUCAUUAACGGCUCAUGUAAUUGAAAAUUACUGGAAGGCACUGGAAGAUGUAGAUUACGUGCAGACAUUCAAAGGACUGAAACUGCGAUUUGAGCAACAAAGGGAAAGACAAGAUAAUCCAAAACUUGACAGCAUGCGUUCCAUUUUGAGAAACCAUAGAUACAGAAGGGAUGCAAGAACCCUGGAGGAUGAGGAGGAGAUGUGGUUUAAUACUGAUGAAGAUGAUAUGGAAGAUGGAGAGGCAGUGGUGCCCCCUUCUGACAAAACUAAAAAUGAUGAAGAUAUUAUGGAUCCUAUCAGUAAAUUUAUGGAAAGGAAGAAAUUAAAAGAGAGUGAAGAAAAGGAAGUUCUUUUGAAAACUAACCUUUCAGGUCGUCAGAGCCCAAGUUUCAAGCUUUCCUUUUCCAGUGGUACAAAAUCUAACCUUACCAGCCAGUCAUCUGCAAGUAAUCUGCCUGGAUCCCCAGGGUCUCCUGGAUCCCCAGGGUCCCCUGGCUCUCCAGGAUCAGUUUCUAAAAGCACAUCUCAGAUGGCAGCUAUUACAACUAAGGGGGGCCUCGUUGGGCUUGUAGAUUAUCCUGAUGAUGAUGAAGAGGAUGACGAAGAUGAUGAUAAAGAGGAAACUUUACCUUUGUCAAAGAAAGCAAAGCUUGAGUCAUCAUAAUGGCAACUGCUGAAGAACAUUACCGGUUGGGGGAAGGAUAUUUUUUCCAAAAACAAAACAAACCCACAGCAAAGCAGCAAUCUUUUGUGAAUUACUGUGUGAGACACAGAUCAACUUAUACAAACAGAUUUCUGCCAAUCAAGUGCCAAUUCAAAGGAGCAGAAGAAGGGGAAAUAUUUCGUUUAGGGGAAAGACUUACGCCUUUGAGCUCUCCAGCUUGGACCACACGUUGCCCUUUUCUCAGGGAAGGAAAUGGAAAACAAAACAAAACAAAAAAAAGCCAACAGGGCAGGAGUUUUGUUUGUGGAACUCUGGAUUGGCUGGUCAGUUGCUACAAUCAGAAUAUGCUUUCUUGGACCACGUAUGUGACUUCUGAAGAAAAGGCGGGUUUUGCCAUAAUUCUUCACCAGUUAAGAAUGCCAGCAGUUUCUUUAUAUAAAAAGAGACCUGCCUUUGAAAUCGUACAUUCUGAACAUUUUAGACAAGCUACAACAGGUUUUAAAAACCUCAGUGGGGGAGGGCCGAAUAUAAAGUUUCCUCUUUUUUUUUUUUUUAAUCUGUUCCCUUUGCCCUUUAAACUGCAGAGUUUUUUUUUUGAGGUGGGGGAUUUGUUUGUCCCUUCUUGAUUAAAGAUUGAGUGGAAUUC